AAUGUUCACAACGCUCCGCAUAUGUGCUAUAUUUGCGACUGUCGCCACCUGCAACAACCUCAUCAAUUCAAACGAAGAAGAUUUCCUAAACGAUGGCUGCUUUAAGAAAUUCGCCUCGACCGACAUGACCGAAUGCAAUUUCGGCUACGCAUCAAAACCCCUACCGAACACCUGCCGUGAAAUGUGCGUUCCAGACACCUGCAAAACCGAGAAAGAUUGCAAAAUAGCCUCUUGCCCGAAACUCGAAUGCGACCACCCAUUAGUACCAAAGAAGUCUCUCUGCGAUUGCUGCCCGAAGUGCGAGUCGCCCGACUGCAAGGCUCCCGCAGAUUGCGCUAACGUGACUUGCCCGAAAAUCAAGUGCGAAUUUUGGCAGAACAUCGCCUACGAAAAGUGCAGCUGCUGCCCCUCCUGCCAGCCGAAGGAAUGCGAGACGCCCGAGACCUGCCGCAUGGACCACAACCACUGCCCGAUUCCCACGUGCAGACCCGGUCAAACGCUGCUGAAGGUUCCUUGCAGGUGCUGCCUCUCCUGCGUGGACAACAGGCUGUUCAAUAGGCUUAAAAACGAUCCUGGUUACUGCAAGGAGCGCGUCUGCAAGUUUGGUAUGGUCGCUAAGAGAAUAUUCGAAAAAAGCUGUCCGGAAUGCGUGCCAGAAAGGUGCUUAGUGUACGAGGAUUGCGUGAAUGUUUUGUGCGAGAAAAAAGUGUGCCAACCCGACGAAAUCCUCGUACAUUCCAUGUGCCAUUGUUGUCCUAUCUGCACACCAAGAUUCAAUCUGAAUUUAUUAUAGAUAAAGCAAUCUCUUAUAAAAUCAUUUUCUAAACACAUUAUUACACAACAUAAAAUUUGUAUACGUAGGAAAUUAAUUAAAUAAACGAUAAUACUACAAA